UUUCUCGCGUUGUACAGGUGAGGUGAGAGCUGGAAGUAUUUACAUAGCUCAGACUGAACACAGCGAUCCUGUUUCAACACUCAGGUGCUCACCCGUCCCUAAUCUGUAGGGGACGCAGGUGUUAGCAUGGGGUGUUGUGGAGCAGCUACCCGAAUCACUACAGCCAGGGUUAAUGGGAAGGUGUUGGCGCCCCCCAUUUAUGAUGACUUCGAUGGACCUCUACAAAACCGCGUCUGUCGGGAUGUCGUCUUCCUCAUCUUGUUCAUCGCCUUCACCGUGGGAUCCAUUGCAUUCUUGAUCUAUGUUGGGUCAAAGUCAAACCCAAAACGACUUCUCCAUGGAUACGACAAAUUUGGCAACGUGUGUGGCAGCAAGAACCCCAAAUAUGCCAAUCUGGAGAAGUCAGGGCAGGAUUUCCGUACAAGACCGUUUCUCAGCUGGUCCGUGGACACCUCAAUGUCAGCAAUGAUAAAUGAAGGCGCCAUCAUGAAGACCUGUGUCAAGACUUGUCCCUCAAACACGUCGACGCAGUUUCUCUUCACAUGUUUGCCCGUGAAGGGUGACUGGGCCGUCAACAAAACAGACGCUGUGUUCAAAGCGGCUCUUGGGUUCACCGCCAGCGACUUCUUCGAAACACUGGGACAAGACCUACAACUAUCAGCGAUGUACAUCGUCUACUUGUGUCUCAUAUCACUAGGCCUGGCCAUAGUCGUAACUGUUAUGCUUAGGUUCCUAGCACCCGUGGUGGUGUGGCUGUCCGUCUUCAUCAUGGUGGUGGGCACCAUCGCCGGCACCGUCGCCCUCUGGGUAUUUUGGUACUUGCAGAAGAAAAAAGUCCAGGCGUUGAAGGAUAAAGAAGACAGCCAGUUAGAUUACGAAAUACAGGUGUUACAGAAAUCCGCCACAACACUGUUGAUUAGUGCCAUCGUGGUUACCAUCUUCACGGUGCUGUUCCUGAUCAUGAUGAUAGCCAUGAGGAAUCGUAUCAAGCUGGUGAUCGCCCUCUUCAAGGAAGCUGGUAAAGCCGUGGGUGCCAUGCCCCUCCUACUCCUGCAGCCCUUGUGGACGUUGCUGUGGCUGGUGUUAGUGUGCCUGGUGUGGGUCCUGGGUUGGCUGUUCAUUGAGACCUCCGGCGACCCAAAGAAGUUUAAAGAGAGCAUCGUGUUUGUGAAGAGCGAUUUCGUCAAGGCCAUGCGGUGGUAUCACAUAUUCGCCUUCCUCUGGGUCACUCAGUUCGUCCUCGCCUGCCAAGAUGUGACGAUCGCUGGCUCCGUCGCGCAAUGGUUCUUUACCAGAAACAAGCAGCAGCUGGGGUGGCCCAUCUUGACAGCCAUGAAGAGGAUGUACCGUUAUCACCUUGGCUCCCUGGCACUUGGUUCCCUUAUCCUUGCAUUCGUUAAGCUCCUUCGCCUUCUCCUCAAGAGCCUGCAGAAGCAGAUGAACAGUACCAACCAGGUGUGUGCUUGGGCGCUUAAGUGCUGCCAAUGCUGUCUCUGGUGCUUCGAGAAGUUCCUCAAGUUUCUCAGUAGGAACGCCUACAUAGAGAUAGCCAUCUACGGUUAUGGAUUCUGCAAAGCGGCGCAAGAGGCCUUCACCCUCCUCAUGAGCAAUGCAUUAAGAGUCGUCGCCAUCAACUCAGUGGGCGCCUUCGUCCUCUUCUUGGCUAAGCUUGCCAUCGUCCUGUCUACCAUAGGCUUUGGUAUUUUGAUGUUCGAGAACAGGGAUGACGUGACUCAUGUGUGGGCGCCGCUCCUCAUAGUCGCUAUCUUCUCCUACUUAAUCGCCCACGCCUUCAUCUCCGUCUACGAGAUGACCAUUGACGCAUUGUUCUUGUGCUUCUGUGAGGACUGCAAGAGGAACGACGGCAUCCAGCGACCUUACUACAUGAGCAAGGGUCUCAUGAAGUUCGUGGAAAACAACAAGAGAGCGUUGGAGGCGCUAGAGCAGAGGCAAAACCAAGAGAAAGUGUGGACCACCAACGUCAAGCCCAAUAAUGGCCAGAUGUACCCAUCCCUGUCUCCCUCACCCGUCCAUGGCGGGAUGACGCCCCUCAACCCAGCCUACCCACCCACCGCCAUUCCUUGACAUGGGAACAACAGCGCCAGGAGGAUAUAAGGGCGGCAAACAGCUCUAUGAAGAUCAAUAAAAUAUAGAAUAUACAACAAGAUUUUUAAAAUAUUGGUCAAUAUGACUGGAGACGUCUGCUGAUAGCUACUGUAUGUCGGGGUUGAGCUCUUGUCUCGGUAUAUGAACUCAAGUACGAGGGAGACUUUCUGCUCGAUUAGUCUCGCCAGUUUUAAUAGAUCUUUAAUAUUAACUUAUAUCUAUUUUUUGUUAUCUUAUUAUUUGUGUCGUAGAAAUUUGUGAAAAAAAAUUGACAUGUAAUUAACCUGGAACAACUAUUCCUGAUUCAUUUAAUCAAUUUUAGUGUAUUGAUGUUAAUGUGAAUAUUUCCCGUGCUGACGUCAUAUCAAGAACAAGGAGGUUUAGCAUUGUCAUACAGUUAGUUGGCAAAUGAUUCUUUCUUUUAGUCAAAAUUCAAUUCUGUAGAAAGCAUCAACAACAUAUUGAAAACAAACAAUCGGACUGGAAUGGCGUAUAAAGUUACAAAUCUUUUUUGUUUGUUGAUUUUCUUUUUUUGGAGUUGUAUUUAUAGUAAACUUUACUGAAUGACUAAUUUAAGCUAGAUUAAAUAAAAUCACAUCGUAGUUUCUCCUAUAUCUUGAUAAUUCAAACAGAUGAAUUUUUAAGAUAUGCACAAUGUUUAUCCUAUUCACAACCUAUACAGUAGAAUAUAUGAUUUUGAUAUACCUGUACAUGAAUAUCAUCAGUAUUUUAUAACUUUUAUUUCACGUAAAAUACAUUUCCUAUAUCUAAAGCUAGUAUCUGGCGUGUGUCCGCGCUUCUAUAUAUAUAUAUUUUUUUUUUUUCUUCAAAUUAUAGUGAAGCAACAAGUUAAGGUUGGAGACGACACUGGUAUUGUGUUUACGUACUGCAUGUAGUUAUUAACAUGGUGUGAUAAACUUUCUGUAUAGUGUUUUGGGGAGGAGCAGUUUGUGAGUGUGUUUAUUGUAUAACCAAUGUUUGUAGGUUAAGGAAAUGCAUUACUGUGAUAAAAACUAAUUUUAAGGUACAAAAACAAAAAGAUUUGACUGGAUAAACAUUGCACAGUAUCUAUUCUGGUUGUGUUACUUGGGUCCACACAAAUGUGAUUUACUACUAGAAUUUACAAUUACUGUAUGUUUUAAGAUUUAUAACAUACCAUCACAAAAGUAAAAUAACAUUUCAUAAUUCUCCUUAUCUUUGUACAUUACCGUGAUAUUUUAAGUAAAAACAAACGCUUCUAUAUUAUCGAAUUCAGUUAUGUAAUUAGAUUUCAUAUGCAGUCAACACUAAAUACUAAACAAAAUGAACCCCUAACAAUUUGGCCUGGAGAAAUCCCCGAGAUUACUUUCAGCUGAACAAAAAAUUAGAUAUUUUCGUCGAUUUUUGUUUUCUGUGAAACUUAUUUAGGUCACUUCUUAUUCAUAUGUUCAACACAGCACUUUGAUGUGAUAGAAUACUAAACAAAACAAAAUAUAUAUACCCUGUACCUGUAAACAGUAUACAGUAGAUAAUUUUACAUACGUAUAUAGGUAGCCAGCACCAUUAUCUUGAUGAUAUUAUGUGUACCUUGAUUGUGUAGCCUUGGUGGUGUGAGAUGUAGCCUUAGUGGUGUGAAGAGUAGCUUUGACAGGUUGGUUGUCAAAAUCUGAGUGAGAAUAGUGGAAAACUCAUACUAGGCUUCUUAACCGUACACUAGAUAGGGAGUUGUGAUGGACCAUGAUCAGAGGACAAUAGCCCACCUCAACUAUCAUCACUUAAUUCAACAGUAUCAAAGAACUUUUUAGUAUCUAGAGCAGGUGGGAUUUUGUCCAUGUUAUUAAUCUAGUUGGUAUUUGUCUGGUGGGAUCUUGGUCACGCACUAUAAAACUUGUUAAGGAACCCGCCACCGACGAAAUGCUCAAAGUGCCUUACCAAUAAAUCAUUAUUAAUAAAUUGAACCUGAUGUA